ACGUCGUCUGCCUGCGCCGGAUGUGGCGGCCCCGAGAGCGCGCCGCUGAGCUCAGGGGAGGGAAGUGAUCCUCGCUGCCGCUCCGGCUCCUCGGGGGCGGCGGCUCCUCGGUCUCCCGCUAGUAGGGAGACUGCGCCAUGGGAGACGAGAUGGAUGCGCUGAUACCCGAACGGGAGAUGAAGGAUUUUCAGUUUAGGGCACUGAAGAAAGUUCGAGUCUUUGAUGCCCCUGAAGAACUGUCCAAAGACCGUUGCAGUAUGCUUGCUGUGUCUAAUAAGUAUGGUUUGGUGUUUGCUGGAGGAGCCACUGGGUUUCGCGUUUUCCCUACCAAAAAUCUUCUUAUUCAGAAUCGACCUGGGGAAGAUCCUAAUAAAAUUGUUGAGAAAGUUCCAAAUAUAUUUAUCCCUAUGAAAUUUCCUGUAUACCACUUGGCUUUGAGCUGUGAUAAUCUGACACUCUCUGUGUGUAUGGUGUCCAGUGAAUUUGGCCUCAUUGCUUUUUUUGAUGUUCGUACGUUCUCAAAUGAGGCUAAACAGCAGAAACGCCCAUUUGCCUAUCACAAACUGACGAAAGAUGCUGGUGGUGUGGUUGUCGAUAUGAAGUGGAAUCCUACUGUCCCCACCAUGGCAGCAGUUUGUCUGGCUGAUGGAAGUAUCGCAGUUUUACAAGUCACAGAUGCGGUGAAAGUGUCCGCAAGCCUUCCACCAUCUGUGGCAGUAACAUCUGUAUGUUGGAGUCCUAAAGGAAAGCAACUUGCUGUAGGAAAACAUAAUGGAACUGUGAUCCAGUAUCUCCCUACAUUGCAGGAGAAAAAAGUAAUUCCUUGCCCUCCAUUUUAUGAAGCAGAUCAUCCUGUAAGAGUUCUCGAUGUGCUGUGGAUUGGUACAUAUGUCUUCUCAAUAGUGUAUGCAGCAGCAGAUGGGACCUUGGAAACUUCCCCAGAUGUGGUGAUGACUGUACUACCUGUCCCACUUAGUAUCAAACCCUUCCUUAUAACAAAGAAAAAAAUAGUUAAGCAAAAACAACCAGUAGAGUUGGCCACCUCUGACAGUAGGUGCAACAUUCUGCCUCUGUGGUUCUCCAUCUCUUUGCCAAAAGGGAAGAAGAAAAAAGAAGAUAAGCACCCUGAGAUAUUUGUGAAUUUCAUGGAGCCAUGCUAUGGCAGCUGCACUGAAAGACAGCAUCAUUACUAUCUUAAUUAUAUUGAGGAAUGGGACCUAGUACUAGCAGCCUCUGCAGCCUCAACUGAAGUCAGCAUCCUUGCCCGGCAGAAUGAUCAGACUAACUGGGAAUCCUGGCUUCUGGAAGACUCUAGCCGAGCAGAACUGCCUGUUACUGAUAAGAGUGAUGAUUCCCUGCCUGUGGGUGUUGCUAUAGACUAUACCAGCCAAGUAGAAAUACCCAUCAAUGACGAAAAGACUCUUCCUCCUGCUCCAGUUCUGAUGUUACUUUCAACAGAUGGGGUACUUUGUCCAUUUUAUAUGAUCAAUCAAAAUCCUGGUCUCAGGUCUUUGAUUAAGACUCCAGAACAACUUACUAUAGAAGGAGAACGACAGCCCAAAUCAUCAGGAAGUACUCCCACAACCCCAACGUCCACUCAAGCCCCUCUGAAGCUUGAAACAUCACCAGCUCUGGCUCCAGCUUCAGCUCCAGCUCCAGCUCCAGCUCCAGCUCCAGCUCCAGCUCCAGUUUCUGCCCCACCUUUAAACCUUGCCACGACAACUGCUGCUUUCAUUUUGCCUACAGUCACUCUCCCUACUGCCACCUUCCCAUUUGGUUCUUCAUCCUUGAAAUCAUCCAGUUUGAUGUCAGGGGAUCCUCCUCCUUAUCCCUUUUCCUCAGAGAGCUCCAAACCAACUCUAACCUCUGCUGUAACUAGUGCACCAGCCUUCUCUUUUACACCUCCUUCUAAGACUCCCCUGUCCUCAGCCCCGUCCCUAGCCCCCAUGACUACCUCUGCAUCUUCCUUCUAUUUUGGAUCACCUGCUUUUAAACCUGCGGUGGAAAAUACUCCAGUGGCUAGCAUGUCUACUCCACACAUAGGGGCAAAGACAUCUUUCCCACCUACAUCUUCUGCAGCCAAAGUAAACCUAAAUGAAAAGUUUCCUGCUGGGGAGACAUCUACACCCAUCAGCAGUUCACAAAGCAACUCUUCAGUGCUGUCAUUUUCCACAGCUUCCAAAUCGGCUUCUGCUGGCCCUGUCAGUCACUCCACACCUCUCUCAUCUUCAUCUAGCUCAGUCUCAGCAAAGUCAUCAGUAUCUCCAUCUGUUUCAGGACGCUCUUCCCAGAGCAGUCCAGUAUCCUCAAUGGUGCAGAAAUCGGCCAGAAUCACUGCUCCAGUGGCAAAGUCAAGUACUACUCAGGCCAAAUCGCCACAAUCUGCCGUUGGGGUAGAAAAGCAGCAGCAUCAGUGGAAAGAUUCAGAUCCUGUGAUGGCUGGAAUCAGUGAAGAGAUUGCACAUUUCCAAAAGGAGAUGGAAGAGCUAAAAGCCCGAACUUCGAAAGCCUGUUUCCAAGUUGGCACCCCUGAGGAGAUGAAGAUGCUACGGACAGAAUCAGAAGACUUACACACCUUUCUCCUGGAGAUUAAAGAGACAACAGAGUCUCUUCAUGGAGAUAUUAGCACCCUGAAGACCACCUUACUAGAGGGUUUUGCAGGGGUUGAAGAGGCAAGAGAACAGAAUGAAAGAAAUCAUGACUCUGGAUAUCUUCAUUUACUCUAUAAAAGACCACUGGAUCCUAAGAGUGAAGCUCAGCUUCAGGAAAUUCGUCGUCUUCAUCAAUAUGUUAAAUUUGCAGUCCAAGAUGUGAAUGAUGUUCUAGAUCUGGAGUGGGACAGACAUCUGGAAGAGAAGAAGAAACAAAAGCGUCUGCUUGUUCCAGAGCGAGAGACACUAUUUAACACUCUUGCCAACAACCGGGAGAUAAUCAACCAGCAGAGGAAGAGGUUGAAUCAUCUGGUAGACAGUUUACAGCAGCUCCGACUUUAUAAUCAAACCUCUCAGUGGAGCAUACCCAAUGAAAGCCCUUCUCAGAGCAGUACUCAGAGCUUUGACAAUGACCUUGAAAGCUUGCGCAAUGCUCUAAUGAAAACCACCAUUGAAUCUCACACCAAGCCACUACCCAAAAUACCAGCUAAAUUGUCCCCUGUGAAACAGGCACAGCUGAGGAAUUUUUUGGCCAAAAGGAAAACCCCACCAAUAAGAUCUACUGCACCAGCCAGUCUCUCCCGAUCGGCCUUCCUAUCGCAGAGAUAUUAUGAAGAUUUGGAUGAAGUAAGCUCCACAUCUUCCAUUUCCCAGUCUCUGGAGAAUGAUGAACCACAGAUUUUAUACAGAGAUGAGGAUGCAGUAGCCCAAGUAGUCCAUCGACAUGCUCCAGUAGUUCGCACUUCUUCUGUUCAGCCGACCCUUUUGUCUCAAGCUCCUCCUUUCGCAAAAACUCAUCUGCCACUCAGCUCCUCUCCUAGUCUGGUAGGGAGUUUAAUGUCUACAUCUACCAGCAAAAUUGUUCCACAAGGGGCUGACAGCACAAUGCUUGCAACCAAAACUGUGAAACAUGGAGCACCAAGUCCUUCUGUCACCAUCUCAGCUCCACAAGCAGCUGCUGCUGCUGCUCUAAGACGACAAAUGGCCAUUCAGGUUCCAGCCGUGAACACCUCCUUGACAGAAUCAACUCUGAAAAAUGUCCCUCAAGUCGUCAAUGUGCAGGAAUUGACAAACAGUUCCCCAAUUCCCACUGCAACGUUAGGGUCACCAGUACCACAGUCAACAGCCAAAACAACCCUUCAGUUGUUUGCUACAGUGGCUGCCAGUCAACCUAAGCAGGGGUCUCUCAUAAAUUCAGUCAAGACACAGUCUCCACCUGGUCCUCCACAGAUACCACCAAUGGUCACAUCUAGUCAACUUUCAGCUGGUGACAAAGUCUCAGGACCAGGGACAACCAAGAUGGAAGCAACUGUGACUUCAACUUCAUCGACAACUGGACCGUUCAACAAACCAUUUUCAUUCUCUUCAUCAGGGACUGGCUUUAACUUUGGAGCAAUAACAUCAGCACCACCUUCUAACUUCACCGUCUCACAAGUGACAGCAGCCACAGCUAAAGAGCUGAACCUAUAUGAUACAUUCUCAUUUAAUUCAGGAAUCUUGCAAACAGCCAGCACUACUGGAGCAGCAUUCAGCUCUUCUGGAGAUGUGGCCCCAUCUAAUAAACCAGCAGCACCAGCAGCUACUGUGGCAGCCACUUCCAUAACAUCCAACAAGCCUGAUGCACCUUCCCUAAAGCUGGGCGAGCAUCUGUUUCCAAAUUCCUUGGCUGGAGAAACAUUAGGCAGUUUCUCGGGACUGAGGGUUGGCCAGGCAGAUGAUAAUGCAAAAACCUCCAGUAAGACUUCAUCCAUAAACUUACCUAGUGUACAGCCUGCCAAGAUGUCAACCAUAGCUUCAGAAUUUAGCUUCAGCAGUUCCCCUCUCCUAGGGAAGCCCACAGAUGCUCCUGUUACCUCAACCAUGACCACCACAACAGUAACAACGUCGGCCAGCACGGGCCCUAGUAGCUCUGUGGGUAGUUUAUUUGGUGGCCUCCAGCUCACCAGCUCAGGAGCCUCGGGAGCUCUGAAUCUUGGUGGGACCUCUUUGAGUGGCAACAAGUCCACCUUUUCAUUUGGACAGACUAGCAGUACAAUGCCCCUUCCUUCAACAACACCUGCACCAUCCACUGCCCCACCUGCCACUCUCCCUGUGUCAGCAUCCCCAUUGUCAUUCAGUAAUCUCUUGAGUUCCCCUUCUGCUCCUGUCCUUCCUGGGUCUCCUAGCAAAAGUACGGGAGAUGCCAAGCCAUUAGUCUCUUUGUCAGAGAAGCCAGAGGACAGCGAGGUGCCAGCCUCUGCCAUCCCCGCACUUGCUGAGCAGCAGCAGCAGCAGCAGCCGCAGCCAUCGGAGCAGCUGCCAGCCCCAGGGGCACCUCUGGAGACGAUUAAAAAGGAGCCUGCACUCCCGCCACCUGUGGGAGGGGACUCCGGUGCCUCUGCAGCUAGCGAAAUUAGUGCUGGCCCAGGAGCACCUUCCACAGAAGCCAGUGGAGCAGCUGCAAGUGUUCCUGAAGCCAAAGUGAAGGCCGAGGCCUCUUCUCUGUCCACCUUGUCAGUGCCUGAACAAAAUGAAGCAACAGCAGCCUCUGCCUCCAGUGUGACCCAGGGGACAACGGCACCUCCCAGUGUUCCACCCCCCUCUAAUAGUGUGGCUUCUCUGACCCCAACCCCAUCUGGGUUUGGGGCUGCUGCUGCUGCAGGCACCUCUGUGUUCUCACCAACUCCUACCACUAGCUCCACGGGUUCUGCUUUCAGUCAGCCAGCCAGUGAGGCUGCCCCUGCCCCUUCUGCAACCUCUGUGUUUGGACAGUUGGCGGCCACCUCGGCACCUUCCCUGUUUGGGCAGCAGACAGGCACUACUGCCACCACCACAACAGCCACUCCCCAGGUUUCCAGCCCAGGGUUUGGGAGUCCUGCUUUUGGUACCCCUCCCACCGGGGGCUUUGGGCAAGCGGCGUUUGGACAAGCACCUGCCUUUGGGCAGCCAGCGAGCAGCUCCACAAGUGGGUUUUCAUUUAAUCAGACUGGUUUUGGCUCAGUCCCUGCCUUUGGGCAACCUGCUUCGUCUACUACAGCAGUCAGUAGCGGAAAUGUCUUUGGUGCUUCCUCUAGCACCAACAGUGCUAGUUCCUUCUCUUUUGGACAGUCUUCUGCCAGUACUGGUGGCAGUCUUUUUGGACAGAGCAACCCCCCAAGCUUUGGGCAGAGCACAGGCUUUGGCCAAGCAGGCUCUGUGUUUGGUGGCGCUGCAGCCACUACAACUGCCUCAUCUUCUGGCUUCAGCUUUUGCCAGGCUUCAGGUUUUGGUUCCAGCAAUACAGGUUCUGUGUUUGGUCAAGCAGCAGGCACUGGAAGCACAGUCUUUGGCCAGCAGUCAUCUUCUUCAAGUGGCGGUUUGUUUGGGUCUGGAAGCACUGGAAGAGGUGGGGGUUUCUUCAGUGGCCUUGGAGGAAAACCUAGCCAGGAUGCCGCCAACAAAAACCCAUUCAGCUCAGCCAGUGGAGGAUUUGGAUCUGCAACCACCCCAAAUACUUCUAACCUUUUUGGAAACAGUGGGGCCAAGACCUUCGGUGGAUUCUCCGGCUCAUCAUUUGGAGAUCAAAAGCCUGCAGGCACCUUCAGUUCUGGAGGAGGAAGUGUAGCAGCACAAGGUUUUGGAUUCUCUAGUCCAACCAAAGCAGGUGGCUUUGGUGCUGCUCCAGUGUUUGGCAGCCCUCCUACUUUUGGGGGAUCCCCUGGGUUUGGAGGGGUGCCAGCAUUCGGUUCAGCCCCAGCCUUUACAAGCCCUCUGGGCUCGACGGGAGGCAAAGUGUUCGGAGAGGGGACCGCAGCUGCCAGCGCUGGAGGAUUUGGGUUUGGUAGCAGUAACAAUACCACAUCAUUUGGCACCCUUGCAAGUCAAAAUGCGCCCACCUUUGGGUCAUUGUCCCAACAGACUCCUGGUUUUGGGACACAAAGCAGUGGAUUCUCUGGUUUUGGAUCAAGUGGAGGAGGAUUUGGCUUUGGAUCAUCCAACACGUCAACCCCAGGGUUUGGUGGAUGGAGAAGCUGAAGGGAUCCUGGCGUUUUUUCUGUUCCUGGGACUGACUGCAUGCUCACUCACCUUCUCAGACACAAGUCUUGUACCAACUGUGUAAAGGGCACAUGCUCUCCCUUUUUUUAAACUGAAGAUGCUGAAUGCUUAUUUUUUAUUUUUUUUUUCUCUAUUAAACUAUUUGGCCUCUUUCUGCACAGAAUGUGUGAGGGUUAUUUACAGUCUCUAGUCAGGGGAAAAAGAUUUCUGCUGGACUGGAGAAAUUCACGCAGCCUGAGGUCAACUUGAGGGAUGAUCAGAACAUGUGCCCUCCCAAGUGCACCCAUGGUACCAUCAUGUUGGAAAAAGGAGAAACUGACGGCAGCUAGUUGGCGCAGUGGAUAGAGCAGCAGCCCUGAAGUCAGGAGGAUCUGCAUUCAAAUGUGGCCUCAGACACUUAACACUUCCUAGCUGUGUGACCCUGGGAAAGUCAUUCAACCCCAAUUGCCUCAGCAAAAAAAAAGAAAAGAAAAGAAAGAAGGAGAAACUCACUUUCAACUAAAAAUAAACAUCAGGACUAAUGCAGAUGUAGCAGUAUCUUUAAAUAAAGUUAGGUGAGGAGCAAACACUUAGUUCAUCUGCCUCUCCUUGGUGAAACAUUAUAUUAAUAUCCUACUAGUGCUUUGCUUCUUUCUUGGUUUAUGUAUUUGAAAUCCUUAGAGAGAGUUCCAUAAGGGAUGGUGAUCCCCCUCCAGACUCCAUAUCUCCUUCCUCCUAUGUCAGACUCCUUAGUUUUUUCUUUCCUGCUAUUGACAUCCCUAACAAACAUGUAAUAGCUGAGUCCCAUUUUUAGAUGGUCAGUCAUUCAUUCCCCAGAGAUUUGUGUCAAGUUGGGGGAACAUGAAGAAUUAAAUUGCUUCAUUGAUUCAUUUAUGUUACUUUUUGAAAAAAGACUGUGGCUCAUUUGUAUUAUACUAUUGACCUCCAGCAAUCUCCACUGGGCUCAGGCAGGAUCUGGGACACUGUGUGUUUCCAUUCCUAUCUUUUCUUCAACUUGGAGGAACCAGUUAAUUGAAAAGCCAGCAUUUAUCUCCAUGAUUUCAUUGACCUUGGUAGCUACUCUUAGCAAACCUCGAGGACCAUUGUGCCAGAUUGGUGUCCUUGGAUAGAGAAACUAGAAUUGAGAAUACUAGGCGAUUUCACGUACAUUAACUACCCUUUCUACAGAACUGAGGAAAUAGACAAAGGUAGUAAGAGUAGUCCUUUCUUAACCCUCAGAGGAAGUUCUGUGCAAGCAUGAAUAUGAUCUUUUAAGUCCUUUUCCUGACCUAUCAAUGAUUCUUUGAACAGUCUAUUUGUGUAGAAUUGUAUCUGAUGGUGUCUUGGAUCAUAAUUUUAUUUUUAUGGAAGAGUUUGUUUCUCACACUAUAAUAUUUUUCAGGCAGGCCUGAAUAUUUUAAUUUCAGUUUCCCAGGCUCUUACACAUGUGUUGUUUUAUCAGACUCCUCCAGAAUUCUUGUGGGGAGGGGAUGGGUAAGAGUGGCAAGAGAUGCCAAAGGGGAAGGGGUGAAGAAGAUUCCCUGUGGGCAUUCAGUCUGAGAAGGUUGUGCCAUUAGACUAGAGAAAAAGAAAUCUAUGAGUGUCUUACAUGUUGGUGGAAAACUGUUUUAAAGUAUGUGAAUAAAAAUGUUACAUGACAUUAAAUGGUCACCUUG